AUAGAAAGAGCUGGAUGUAAUGUGACACUGAACUGAGCAGAUCAUGAGAGACAAACACAACACACUUCAGCAGCUCAGCGGAUUCUGUCACUCAUCCUCCGGUGGGGUUUAACCGGUCAGAUGAGCAACUGAUGGAUUGGUAGCAUAUUCCUGUUCGGUCCUGUGGACGCAGAACACACGCAGGGACUGAGUGUUGAUGGCUGUGCGAUAGGGACAGAGAGACGGUCCUGAAGGAUGAAUUCUCUCCCGCCCAUGGACAGACACAUCCAGCAAACCAACGACCGGCUCCUCUGCAUCAAACAGCACCUGCAAAAUCCAGUGAACUUCCAGACGGCGGCGACGGAGCUGUUGGACUGGUGUGGAGAUCCUCGGGCGUUUCAGAGGCCCUUUGAGCAAAGCCUGAUGGGAUGCCUAACGGUGCUGAGUCGUGUAGCGGGUCAGCAGGGCUUCGACAUGGACCUGGGGUAUCGAGUGCUCGCCGUUUGUGCAGCAAACAGGGACAAAUUCACCCCCAAAUCAGCAGCAUUGCUGUCCUCGUGGUGUGAGGAUCUGGGUCGACUUCUUUUGCUGCGUCAUCAGAAAAGCAGACAACCCGAUCCAUCAGUGGGGAAAAACCCGAUGCAGGCCAACAUCAACAACAUGAAGCCUGCGCUCUCACACGGUGACGCACCAUUUCAAUAUGACUCCGUUUCCUGGCAACAAAACACCAAUCAGCCGCCGGGUUCGGUUUCAGUGGUGACCACCGUAUGGGGAGUGACCAAUACCACACAGAGUCACGUGUUGGCGAACCCCAUGGCAAACCCAAACAGCCACAUGAACCCCAUGGCUGGAGGAAACGGGGUUAUGAACCCGGGACAGUUCACUGCACAGCAGCAGUUCUCCUCAAAGGUUAACCCAAACCAGGCCUUCAUGCAGCAGGAGAUGUACGGGAGAUCCAGCUAUCCCGGAGGAGGAGGAGGAGGAGGAGGAUUCGGGGGCAGUUAUGGGGGCGGUCCUAACCACUCGGGUGGGAUGGGUCUGCCUUCACAGACACGCCCCCCUUCAGACUUCAGCCAACCAGCUGCCGCCGCGGCCGCUGCUGCCGUUGCUGCUGCCGCUGCUACGGCGACCGCUACUGCCACGGCAACGGUUGCCGCCCUACAGGAGACGCAACACAAAGACAUGAGUCAAUACGGCCCGAUGUGUUCAUCCUUUCAGAUGGGACCAAACCAGGCUUACAGCACUCAGUUUGUGAAUCAGGCCGGCCCCCGGGGGCCCCCCGGCACCAUGAGCAUGGGUCAGCCUCGGGCACAGAUGGGGUCAUACGGGGGUCACACACAACGGAUGCCUCAUCAGGGCUACGGGCCGCGGCCCAUGCAGGGCGUGAAGAGACCGUAUCCUGGAGAGGGGAGCUACGGGCAGCAGUACGGACCAAACGGGCAGUUCUCCUCGUCUCAGGGGCAGUUGUCCUAUCCUCAGGGGCAGUUGUCCUCGCCUCAGGGACAGUUGUCCUCUCCACAGGGGCAGUUCCCGAACCCCGUGGCCAGCAGAAGCCUCUCCUCGCCCCAUUACCCCGCACAGAGGACGCCGGCACAGUACCAGUCCGGCAGCGUGGGACACUUAUACAAGGAAUCCAGUAAUAACUUCAACACGGGGACCUUUCAUUACAACCAGUCCAGCAUGAACGCGCCUCCGCGGUCGAUGGCCGGUUAUCCUCACUCUCCGUUACCGGGAAACCCCACGCCCCCCGUGACUCCGGGAAACAACAUGCCACCGUAUCUGUCACCAAACCAGGACAUGAAGCCCCAGUUUCCUCCUGAUAUCAAACCCAACAUAAACGCACUGCCGCCCCCUCCAGGUAACCCUAACGAGGAGCUGCGCCUGAUGUUCCCGGUUCGGGACGGUGUGGUUCUGGACUCGUUCAGACUCGAACACAACCUGGCCGUCAGUAAUCACAUCUUCCACCUGCGGCCCACCGUCCACCAGACGCUCAUGUGGAGGUCUGAUCUGGAGCUUCAGUUCAAGUGUUAUCAUCAUGAAGACAGACAGAUGCACACUAACUGGCCGGCGUCGGUGCAGGUCAGCGUCAACGCCACUCCUCUCACCAUCGAACGGGGCGACAACAAGACUUCCCACAAAGCCCUGCACCUGAAGCACGUGUGUCAGCCGGGCCGCAACACCAUCCAGAUCACGGUGUCGGCCUGCUGUUGUUCGCACCUGUUUGUCCUUCAGCUGGUUCACCGGCCGUCGGUUCGAUCGGUUCUGCAGGGCUUACUGAGGAAGAGGCUCCUCACGGCUGAACACUGCAUCACUAAAGUGAAGAGGAACUUCAGCAGCGUGGCCGUGUCUGUGGCCGGUGCCGGACUGAACGCUGACGAUGGGGUGGAACAAACGGCCAUUAAAGUGUCUUUAAAGUGUCCAAUCACCUUCCGGCGUAUUCAGCUGCCGGCGAGAGGCCAUGACUGCAAACAUGUGCAGUGCUUUGACCUGGAGUCGUACUUAGAGCUGAACUGUGAGCGCGGCACAUGGAGAUGUCCGGUGUGCAAUAAAUCCGCUCUGCUAGAAGGUCUGGAGGUGGAUCAGUACAUGUGGGGGAUCCUAAACGCUCUCCAGAACUCAGAGUUCGAGGAGGUCAUGAUUGACCCGUCGUGCAGCUGGAGGCCGAUCCAGAUCAAAUCUGAGCUGCACAUAAAAGAAGAUCCGGACGGGCCGAUGUCCAAGCGCUUCAAAACCACCAGUCCCAGUCAGACGGUGCUGCCCAACGUGACGGACAUGAUCGCUCAGCUCGGCCCAUAUCCCAACCAGAACCAGCUGAACAACAGCACUAACCAGUUCACCAGCCCAGGCAACAGUUACCAGGGCCAAAGUAAGUUUGGUGACUAUCCCCAUGGCAACCCUGCAGCAUCAUCAGUUAGUGAGUUCAUGCGGGGGUCGCAGCUGUCACGCCCCCCCGCUGACCUGCCGACCUCUGGGAGCGGCCUGACACACACACAACAUGACACGACGCCUCACCCCCUCAACACAGUUCAAUCCCACAAUCCCCUGCAGCAUAGUAUGCGUGGGCCGCCCAGCACUCAGCGGUUACAUCACAAUGCCCCGCCCCUCCCCUGCAGGCCGACGCCCACCCAGCAGAGCUCCGCCCCCAGCAGACACAUGACCACAGAGAUGACCUUUAACCCCUCGCCGGGUAACAUGGAGGGUCAGAGCAGCACAGACGUGCGCGAGGCGUCUUUAGACCUGCUGCCAGACCUGAUGAAUCCCGAUGAUCUCCUGUCGUACCUGGAUCCUCCUGAGCUUCCCAGCAGCAGCAACGACGACCUGCUGUCUCUCUUCGAGAACAACUGAGACCCACGAGCCCUCCACUAGCAGCUCCUCCAUACUUGACCAACACAAAUGCACUUACCGUCGUUUCCUCUUCCUGUACAGAUUUUAAAACCAGCGUGAAGACACCGACAUAGAGGUUGUGCUACAAAUAAUCACUCAUCACUAAAGAAUCUCUUUAAGGUUUCAGUUCUUAACAUUAGUUUACUAUAUUAUUACUAUAUUUACGAGAAUUUAGUUAUCUUAGUUAAGUUUAAUUUAAUAUUCGCUAAUACAUUAUUAACCCUCUGAUGCUCUUCGGUCAUUUUUUUAUAAAAUUAUUUACUUUUCGUUAUCAGAAAAGUACGAAAGGUGUGUGACGCAAAAAAAA